AUGAACAACACCAACUCCUUUCAAUUCGCCGAUGCCACGGUUCCUUUUGUGUAUGAUGGAAGGGACCGCAUGGUUUUGCCACAGCAAUACUCACCAGGUAUCGAUGUUGUGAUCAUAGGACGAGGCAAGAAAGUACAACAGCAUCCAGCCAAUAUCAGAUUCCGAGCACUUAUCCAGUCGCAACUUGAAAACUAUUCCAAUGCCGCAACCAAAGGACUCAAGUCCAACAUCCUGUGGCGUGUCUUGAAUGAGGUGCGAAGCUACAGUGCCUCUCGAUUGGGCUUUGUUAAGCGUGACACUGAAACAGGAAGAUGGUACGCCAUUGAAGAUACAAGUGCCAAAAUCAACAUCUCCCAGGCAUUUCGUGAUGGCCUCAACACCUACAAGAGUUCCAAGAAACACAAGCAAAAGAAACGGAAACAGUCACUUGACGACGAGAAGAAUGAAGGCUCUCAGCUGGAAACCAACAUGUUUUCUACUCUCGAGCGGUUCGAUAACCAACUGGAAACGUCGCCACAGAACAAGCGGGUUCGUGUGUCGCUCAAUCAACGCAUCACCGAAUCAUCGGAACCUGCCGAUCACACUAUUGGUCGCCUAGGUGCUACCAUGGACCGUCUUCGCAACUUCUUGUCCAGUCAAACUGCGAUUCCAUUGGAGACUGAAUCCAACCAGCUGCGUAUGAGUCUUAAGGAGAGCGAGAAACCUGAUUCGUGGGAUACAUUCUCCAAACUCUGCAACAAGUUUGGAAGCCAAAACAAGGUGAAUGAAGAUCCCUUUGAACCAAUGCCACUCCCAUCUUCUGCACAAACUGCCACAGCAGCCGUAAGCGCACCAGCCACAGCCAGGGCGAAUGCUCAUGAUCAAACAGCUUCCAGACGCAACUACUCCUGGGAUGAACCUGAAUCCCCGCGAUUUGCCAUGGCGGAAAUGGUCGAACGGACCAAUCCUCCGGACCCUCUUUCCAUCAAUUCCGCAAUCUUUGAUCCUGUCCCUUGCAUGCAAGAAGCCAUGUUGCCUUCCGUUCUCUCCCUGAACACGCUGGCGCUGGCCGAGUCGGACGCUCUAGGAAUGACUUCCUUUUCAUCGCUUUCCGACAUUAGCGACAAACAGGAUCUGCAAGAUAUUUGGGAUGUCUGCAGGUCCAAGCAACGGUCCACGACGACAUGUUCAGUGUGA